CGGAAUGAACCAGAAAAAGUUCUUGUUCCGCAGGGUGAGGGGAAGGAGGAGAAGAAGCAGGCGGUUUGGGGGGGAAGCUGGACACAGGGAAGGGCCGGUCCUGCCAGGACGAGCGACCGCCGUGGCCAGCCGGGUCCCGGGAGGAGCGCCGAGGGGACAGAGUGCAGGGGUGCGCAGGAGGCCUGAAGCCUGACUGACGGGCGUGGACUCCGCGCAGGGUGAGCACCGAGCGGUGGGGGGCGCCCGGCGAGCUCAGCGAGGGGAGGACCGACAGCGCCGGCCGGUCUGGCCUCGGGUCGCGUUGGUCUCUGGGUCCCGUCGCUCUAAGACCUUUGGUACUUCCUGGGCCUCGACUUGCAGCCACACGCCCUACGAAGAUCUGGAUUAUGGUCCCAGAAUUCUUUCUCCAUUUCUUUUCCUUGUUGCUGUUUUUAAGCCGCUCACACCUAAACUUGAAUCCCCCCGGGCGAGUCCUCGGUUACUACGUCGAACCACAGGGCGCUCCCACCUGUCACCUGCCGUCUCACAAAGGGCCCAGGCCCAGGGCUUAAGGACUUGCGUGUUGGACCCAAACUCGCCGAGAGCCCCGUCCGCUUCGGCACUGUUCCCACGGCUCCACGGGGACGGCCGCCGAUGCUUCUGGGGACACGCCGAGGCCGCUACCUGACUGGGGAUGGGACCGGGGUGUGGAGAGGGCCAGUGGUCUACCUGUGGGGGCACAGGUUUGGGGGGAAGGCGGGCACAGGGGCUCCAGGGGCCGCCUCACGGAACACCGUCUCAGGCGCCCUUUCCCAAACAUUUCUACGGCCCCCCAGGCAGUUUGCAAAGCGCCCUGGUUCACGGGAAGUAAAUGGGCACAGGAGGGGGAAGGCGCGAGGGCAAACCACAAGCGGCCACACGGGGAAAAGCAGCUCAAAGGCACCCUGAGGAGCACCCAGCUCGGCUCCGCGGCUGGUGUGAGCCUGCUCCCGGGGUCAUGUGAUCGCUCGAUCACCUACGGGACGUACACGGUUAACCUUCUGCAUUUGGGCACAUAGGCGUCACUCUUCAGUAGGAAGUGGUCGCAGUUCAGCAACUCGCUCUCGGCCACUUUUGGUCUCUCCCUGCUUUUUUUCUGCACGACCAGUAGAAACUGCAUCGGGUCAACAGCAUCCCGGUGCUGACGCGCAGCAUCCCCGGGGGCCUCGGGCAGGACGAUUCCCGUCGGAUCCCAGCGCUUCUCAGGAACCGAUGAACAUCAGCGACGUCUUCGGUCUGAGUGAGGAUUACUUUGGGUCGGGUAAUAAUAGCUCGGAUUACUCACUUGAGGACAACACGUUACUGUGCUCCCUGCAGGAGGUCAGAACGUUCUCUGGGCUGUUUGUGCCCAUCGCUUACUCCCUGAUCUGCGUCUUUGGCCUCCUGGGCAAUGUUUUGGUGGUGGUCACCUUUGCUUUCUACAAGAAAGCCAAGUCUAUGACCGACGUGUACCUCUUGAACAUGGCCAUCGCCGACAUACUUUUUGUCCUCACCCUCCCGUUCUGGGCCGUCAGCCACGCCACCGGCGAAUGGAUCUUCAGCAACGCCACGUGCAAGCUGAUGAAGGGCAUCUACGCCGUCAACUUCAACUGCGGGAUGCUGCUCCUGACCUGCGUCAGCAUGGACCGCUACAUUGCCAUCGUCCAGGCCACCAAGUCCUUCAGGCUGCGGUCCAGGACGCUGGCACACCGCAGGGCCAUCUGCCUCGUGGUCUGGGUGGCUUCCGUCCUGAUCUCCGGCUGGACGUUCACGUUCAACCAGAAGUACGACGUGCACGGCAGCUACGUGUGCGAGCCCCGGUACCAGGCGGUCUCGGACCCCAUCAAGUGGAAGCUGCUGAUGCUGGGGCUCCAGCUCCUCUUCGGCUUCUUCAUCCCGCUGGUGUUUAUGAUCUUUUGCUACAUGUUCAUCGUCAAAACCCUGGUGCAGGCUCAGAACUCCAAGCGGCACAAGGCCAUCCGCGUGAUCAUCGCGGUGGUGCUGGUGUUCCUGGCUUGCCAGAUCCCCCACAACAUGGUGCUCCUGGUGACGGCCGCGCAGCUGGGCAGGAUGAACCGCUCCUGCCAGGGCGCCAGGCUGCUGGGCUACAGCCAGAACGUCACCGAGGUCCUGGCCUUCCUGCACUGCUGUCUCAACCCCGUGCUCUACGCCUUCAUCGGCCAGAAGUUUCGGAGCUACUUCCUGAAGAUCGUGAAGGACCUGUGGUGUGUGCGGAGGAAGCAGAAGGUGUCGGGCUUCUCCUGCUCCAGGCUGCACUCGGAGGCCUUCACCUCCAGGCAGAACAGCGAGACCGCGGACAACGACAAUGCGUCGUCCUUCACCAUGUGACCGGCCCCGGGGCCACGGCCCCCCGGCGGCUCGGGGAACGUGCACUUGGACCGGGACCCCGUCCCCCCGUGGGACCGGCCGCGGGGGUCUCAUCCUGACGGGGCUGCCGGGGCCCCCACGUGGCGUGUCCCCACUUUUCUUCCCCGCAGCCCCGAGCCCCCCGGGGCUCCCCACAGCUGGCGUUCCCCACAGCAGAGAGGACUCUUGACAGACGUGGACGUUUUCGGAAGCAGGCGCGGAACCGCCCCUAGAGCACGGUGUCUCCUGGUCACUUCACACACGUGCAGGGUUCGCGAGACGGAAGCAGAGAAUGUCACACGAGAGCCUCACACGAGGCAGCGCAGGCAGACGCCGAAACGCGUUCCCCGGGCUGGAGAAGCAGCCUGGGGGACGGGAGAGAGCGGGUCGCAACGCGCCGUCGGGAGAGCAGACGUUUGCUUUAUUUCCCUGGGAAAACGGUCACUGCAGAUACGACAAUUCUCCUCUAAAAAUCUGUUCGACAGAGUUCCACGAAGACGCGUGCCAUCGGCACACUUUCAGCACUCGGAGGGGCUUAAUAAAUACUUGUUACACAAAGCGGAGUGAAAUUGGGGGUUGGAGUAGAGUCGGGAGUGUUAGGUGUUUACAUCGGAGUUUUAGAACGGAGCAAGGAAGCUUCCUGAGACAGUACACAGACAACUUUUGCUGCACGUCCACAGCGGGUCAGAAGCGGCACACACACGGGGGGAUGUGGGUGGGAAGCGCUUUACGCUGGUGGCGAACAGGGAGGGAGGGAGGGAGAGAGAG